GAUAGCAGCUACUCGAUCUCCAUUGAAGACGGUGUGGAUAUUUCGUUGUUAGAGAACCCUUCUCCUGAAGAGAGGCUUCUGGAUUAUAUGCAUGAAAGAUCUGGCAAAUCAAACACUUUCAACUCCCAAAUUAACUCUGAUGUUCUACCAAGCGUUUCUUUUGAAGCUCAGGUUGUCUCUCCUGAGCUUAGAUUCUACGACAACACAAAAUCGUCACUUGAUGAUUCUUCUUAUGGUGAAAAGCUUCUACGUGCAAAAAUGGAUUUGAGCUUCAUGUAUGCAUCGAAAGAAAAUGAUACGUGGAUUCGUGCAGCAGUAAAGGAUCUUUCGGUGGAGGCUGGAUCUGGGCUGAUGAUUCUGGAUCCAGUGGAUAUUUCAGGAGGAUAUACUUCUAUUAAGGAUAAAACAGAUACCUCUUUGAUAUCAACGGAUGUAUGCUUCCACCUUUCUUUGAGUACCAUUUCCCUUUUGCUUAACCUGCAGAGUCAAGCAACUGCAGCCUUGCAAUUUGGAAAUGCAAUUCCUCUUGCUCCUUGUACCAACUUUGAUCGAAUCUGGGUCUCUCCUAAAGAAAAUGGCUCUCGUAACAAGCUAACCUUUUGGAGGCCUCGAGCUCCAGCGAAUUAUGUUAUACUUGGAGAUUGUGUGACUUCAAGGCCAAUUCCCCCCUCAGUUGCAGUGAUGGCUGUGAAUAACUCAUAUGGACGUGUGCGGAAGCCAAUUGGAUUUAAUCUCAUUGCCUUGUUAUCUGAAAUUCAAGUAUUUGAAUGUGCAGGCGGUUCGGAGUUAGAUUCUGAUUGUUCUAUAUGGAUGCCUAUUGCGCCACCAGGCUACGCAGCUUUGGGUUGUGUAGCACAUGUAGGAAGGCAACCGCCACCUAAUCACGUUGUUUAUUGCUUGCGCUCCGACCUUGUAUCAUCUACAACAUAUGCAGAAUGCUUACUUUGUGCUCGCCCACAGCCUAGUUCUUCGUCAGGGUUCAGCAUUUGGCGUAUGGACAAUGUGAUUGCUUCCUUUUAUGCUCAUCUUUCAAGUGAAUACCCUCCCAGAGAUAGCAGUUGUGACCUCAGUCAUCUUCUUCUAUGGAACCACGUAAAUCAUUCUUCACCAAAAGACACUAGACUGGAUACAAAUGGCGACGACUCUGUGGAAUUAAAGAAACGUGAAAAUGUUGGUGAAAAUUCAUCCAGGUGGGAUGUUAUCAGAUCAGUAUCAAAAGCAACAAAUUGCUAUGUGUCAACACCUAACUUUGAGAGGAUAUGGUGGGACAGAGGUAGUGAUGUCCGACGACCAGUCUCUAUAUGGCGACCUAUUGCUCGUCCUGGUUAUGCUGUUCUAGGGGAUUGCAUUGCUGAAGGCUUGGAAGCACCUGCUCUGGGCAUAAUUUUUAAGGCUGAUAGUACUGAGUUUGCUUCAAAACCUGUGCAAUUCACUAAAGUUUCUCAUAUAAUGGGGAAAGGGAUAGAUGAAGUCUUCUUCUGGUACCCAAUUGCACCUCCUGGUUAUGCUGCACUUGGAUGCAUUGUCACGCGUGUUGAUGAACCUCCAUCUGCAAAUUCAUUUUGCUGUCCAAGGAUGGAUCUUGUGAACCAAGCAAAUAUUAUUGAAGUGCCUGUUUCGAGAUCUUCAAACUCAAAGGCUUCUCAGUGCUGGACCAUUUGGAGAGUGGAAAAUCAGGCCUGCACUUUUCUUGCUCGUUCCGACCUUAAAAAGCCCUCAAGCAAAUUGGCGUUCUCAAUUGGUGAUUCUACAAAGCCAAAGUCAAGGGAGAAUGUGACGGCUGAAAUGAAGAUAAAAUGUUUCUCUGUCACUGUUUUGGACAGUUUAUGUGGAAUGAUGACACCUCUUUUUGAUUUCACAAUCACCAAUAUUAAGCUGGCAACCCACGGUCGUAUGGAGUCAAUGAAUGCUGUACUAAUUUCAUCCAUUGCUGCAUCAACCUUUAACACUCAAUUUGAAGCAUGGGAGCCACUCGUGGAACCAUUUGAUGGGAUAUUCAAGUUUGAAACCUAUGAUACAAAUGUCCACCCGCCAUCACAAUUUGCGAAGAGAGUACGAAUUGCUGCUACUAGUAUCCUGAAUAUGAAUAUCAGCGCAGCAAAUCUGGAGACUUUUGUGGGGACCCUUUUUUCUUGGAGAAAGCAGUUGGAAAUUGACAAGAAAGCAACUAAACUAAACGAGGAUUCUGGAAGUCGGCAUAAGCCAGGAGAAGAAGCCGCUUUGUCUGCUCUGGAUGAGGAUGAUUUCCAGACAGUUGUAGUUGAAAAUAAACUCGGUUGUGAUUUGUAUCUGAAAAGAGUUGAAGACAAUGUUGACGUUGUUGACCAGUUACACCCUAAUGAUAGCUUUUCUGUGUGGGUUCCACCAUCAAGAUUUUCUGAUAGGUUAAAGGCUGCAGAUGGAUCUAGGGGAGCGCGUUGUUAUGUUGCUGUGCAUAUUUUUGAAGUCAAGGAUCUGCCCAUUCUUGAUGACGGUAACAGCCACAACAUGUUUUGUGCUCUACGCCUUCUUGUUGAUAGUCAGGCAACGGAUCAACAGAAGUUUUUUCCUCAGAGUGCAAGGACUAAAUGUGUGAAACCCUUGCUUGACGAACUUGCUAUCGGCACUGCUAAAUGGAAUGAAUUGUUCAUAUUUGAAAUUCCUCGGAAGGGACAUGCUAGGUUAGAAGUGGAGGUGACAAACCUUGCUGCCAAAGCUGGAAAGGGUGAAGUUGUUGGUGCACUUUCACUGCCCAUUGGACAUGGAGCAGCUCUGUUGAAGAAGGUUGCUUCAGUUAGGAUGCUGCAUCAACCGCACAACAUUCAGAAUAUUGUUUCACGUCCUCUGAGAAGGAAGCAUGACAAGGAUGAUGACAUGCAAGAUUCUGGAUACCUGUCAGUGUCAACUACAUAUUUUGAGAAAAGUUUGCUGACUAAUACGCAGAGAGGGAAAGAAACCGGGGAUUCUACCAAUAGAGAUACAGGUUUCUGGGUUGGACUUAACUCCAGUGGUUCAUGGGAGAGCAUUCGUUCCUUGCUACCUUUGUCAGUAGUUCCGAAGUCACUGCAGAAAGACUUUAUUGCCAUGGAAGUUACCAUGAAAAAUGGAAAGAAGCAUGCAAUUUUUAGGGCCCUUGUAACAGUGGUUAAUGAUUCAGACAUUAAGUUGGAUAUAUCAGUGCGCCCUAUGUGUAUGGUUGAUGGUAAUAAUCCCCUUUCCGGUUCCCAGAAUUCUACUGCUUUCAUAGAAGAGGUUUUUGAAAAUCAAUGUUUUCAUCCAACUUAUGGUUGGGGAAGCCAGUGUCAGAGUUCUCAAAGCUCUGAUCCUGGUCGAUGGAGCACAAGGGACUUCUCCUCGUCUUCAAAGGACUUCUUUGAACCUCCUUUACCACCUGGAUGGCAAUGGGCUUCUAGUUGGAUUAUUGACAAAUCUGAGGUGGUUGAUGGUGAUGGCUGGGCAUAUGCACCUGACUUUCAUAGUUUUAAGUGGCCUCCAACUUCACACACAAACUCCUCUCUUGAUGCUGUCCGCAGAAGGCGAUGGGUUCGAAGACGUCAAGAAGUACAUACAAGAUUCAAUAAGGACAAUAGUGACUUCGUCAUAGAUCCUGGAUCCUCAGCUGUUUUGCCAUGGCACAGUACAUCGAAAGAUUCUGAUCACUGUUUACAAGUUCGGCCUUCUGCUGGUCAUUCUCAAUCUGCAUAUUCAUGGGGCCAAGAAGUGAGUGUUGGUUCUUCUGAUGGACUUUGCAAGGAUCAAACCCUGACUGAUAAAGCCGUGCUUGCUACGCAAUGCACAUUGAAGCAGGGGAGUAAAAUGCCUGUUGCUUUUAAAUUAAAUCAGCUUGAGAAGAAGGAUGUUCUAUGUUGUUGUUCUAGCACUGAAAACAAACAAUUUUGGCUCAGUGUAGGAGCUGAUGCUUCGGUUCUUACCACAGAGCUUAAUAAGCCUGUUUAUGACUGGACAAUAUCCAUCAACUCUCCGCUGAAGUUAGAAAAUCAGCUAUCUUGCUCAGCUGAAUUCACAAUUUGGGAAAAGGCUAAAGAAGGUGGUUAUACAGAGCAACAACAUGGUGCAAUUUCCUCAUGGGAGAGUGUUCAUAUCUAUUUUGCUGAUAUCCAUAAGCCAAUCUAUCUUACGUUGCUUGUUCACGGUGGUUGGGUUAUGGAGAAGCCUCUUAUCCUACUUCUGGAUCUUGCUUCAAGUGAUCGCUCUUCAUCAUUCUGGAUGGUCCACCACCAAAGUAAAAGGAGGCUACGUGUGAACAUUGAGCGAGACAUGGGAGGAAGCAUCACUGCUCCAAAAGCAAUUAAGAUCUUUGUUCCAUAUUGGAUUGUAAAUUCUUCAUCUCUGCCAUUAGCAUAUCGAGUUGUAGAAACAGAGGGUACAGACAGCACAGAUUUGGAUUCACAGUCACUUUCUAGAGUAAAUUCCGUGAAACAUACCUCAAAAGCUACCACAAUGGAGAGGCGACCCUCUAGCAUGAAAAGAAAUGCUGACGUUGUUGAGGUAAUUGAGGAUACAAGCCCGGUACCAAGUAUGUUCUCACUGCAGGACCCUGCUGGUCGUAGUGGGGUAACAGUACUGUUCCCGUCGCAGAAAGAUGCAUUCCUAUCUGCACGAGUUGGGCUGGCUGUUGCUGUUCGACAUUCUGACUCCUACAGUCCUGGGAUAUCACUCCUUGAGCUGGAAAAGAAGGAAAGGGUUGACGUGAAAGCUUUUAGUUCGGAUGGAUCAUACUACAAGCUCUCAGCCCUGCUGAAGACCUCAGAGAGAACAAAGGUUGUUCACUUUCAGCCACACACCUUGUUUGUGAAACAGGGUUGGUUCCAGUCUCGGUCUUCAGCAGUGUGAUUCUCACUUGGUGGAAUGGGUUCAUCCAACGGAUCCUCCAAAGCCUUUUAGAUGGCAGUCUUUUGCCAGAGUUGAGAUGUUGAAGCUGCGGGUUGAAGGAUACCAGUGGAGCAUGCCGUUUAGCGUUUACAAUGAAGGCACAAUACGUAUCUCCUUAAAAAGUGAUGUGGGAGAUAAUCAACUGCAGCUAAAGAUACAAGUACGAAAUGGUACAAAAACCUCGCGAUAUGAAGUUAUAUUCCGUCCAAACUCUUCAUCCAGCCCUUACAGGGUUGAAAAUCGUUCCAUGUUCUUACCCAUUCGGUUUAGGCAAGUGGAUGGUGUUGGUGAUUCAUGGAAACUUAUCCUUCCCAAUACAUCCAGUUCCUUCUUUUGGGAAGAUCUUGGUAGAAAAAGGUUUUUGGAACUCUUCAUAGAUGGUUCUAACUCAUCGAAAUCAUUGAUGUUUGACAUUGAUGAGAUUUCUGAUCACCAGCCCAUCGAGGAAGAGGAUGGACCUUCUAGAGCCUUGCGUGUUACAGUACGCAAGGAAGACAAGGUUAAUGUUGUGAAGAUUAGCGAUUGGAUGCCAGAAAGUGAACCUACAGUGCUGUAGGGGUAAGAGGACCUUCGUCAUUGUCACAGCUACCUGGGAAUGACUAUCAACGACAGCAGUUUCCAUCUAACUCGGACUCUGAAUUCCAUUUUAUCUUGGAGCUUGCGGAGCUUGGAAUCUCCAUCGUUGACCAUACACCUGAGGAGAUUUUAUACAUGUCAGUGAAAAAUCUGCUAUUGGCAUAUUCUACCGGUUUGGGGUCUGGGUUCAGUAGGUUCAAGCUAAGAAUACACGGAAUACAAGUGGACAACCAGCUGCCAUUAACUCCCAUGCCCGUUCUUUUUAGGCCACAGAAAGGUGGAGAUGAGGCAGAUUAUAUCUUGAAGUUUUCCAUGACAAUGCAAUCGAAUGGCUCGCUUGAUCUUUGUGUCUAUCCGUACAUUGGAUUCAGAGGACCUGAUAUUGCUGCCUUUUUUAUAAACAUUCACGAACCUAUCAUUUGGCGCCUCCAUGAGAUGAUGCAACAAGUCAACUUCAGUAGAUUAUAUGAGACACAAACAACUACUGUUUCUGUCGAUCCGAUCAUUGAAAUUGGCGUUCUCGACAUUUCUGAAAUUCGGUUUAAAGUAUCAAUGGCCAUGUCACCGAGUCAGCGACCAAGAGGAGUGCUUGGAUUCUGGUCAUCUUGAUGACUUCUUUGGGCAACACUGAAAAUAUGCCUAUAAGAGUGAAUCAAAGAUUCCAUGAGAACGUGUGCAUGAGGCAGAGUACAAUGAUUAGCAUUGCCAUUACAAACGUUAAGAAGGAUAUUCUUGGGCAGCCUUUGCAACUUCUCUCUGGUGUUGAUAUACUGGGUAACGCAAGCAGUGCCCUUGGACUCAUGAGUAAAGGUGUUGCUGCUCUGUCAAUGGAUAACCAGUUCAUCCAGGGUCGUCAAAGACAGGAAAACAAAGGAGUGGAGGACCUUGGUGACGUCAUCGGAGAGGGAGGAGGAGGAGCUUUUGCGAAGGGGAUAUUCAGAGGGGUGACUGGUAUAUUGACAAAGCCACUAGAAGGUGCAAAAUCUUCCGGGGUAGAGGGAUUUGUCCAGGGUUUUGGAAAAGGAAUAAUUGGUGCUGCUGCUCAACCGGUUAGUGGGGUUCUGGAUCUUCUGUCGAAAACCACAGAAGGUGCCAAUGCAAUGAGGAUGAAGAUAACAUCUGCCAUAACAUCAGAAGAGCAGCUUCUUCGAAGGAGACUGCCUCGUGUUAUUGGCGGUGAUAAUUUGGUUCGACCAUACAAUGAGUACAAAGCCCAAGGCCAGGUUAUACUGCAACUGGCAGAGUCGGGUUCAUUUUUCGGCCAGGUUGAUCUAUUUAAAGUACGUGGGAAGUUUGCUUUAUCAGAUGCUUAUGAAGAUCAUUUCAUUCUCCCUAAAGGAAAGAUUGUCAUGGUCACACAUAGGAGGGUGAUGCUAUUGCAACAACCAUCAACCAUUAUCGGGCAGAGAAAGUUCAACCCGGCUGGGGAUCCAUGUUCAGUACUUUGGGAUGUGCUGUGGAGCGACUUGAUGACGAUGGAGCUGAAUCAUGGGAAGAAAGACCAACAAAAGUCCCCGCCUUCAAAGCUGCUCAUAUAUCUACAAAGUAGAUCGACAGAGUUGAGGGAACAAUUUCGUCAAAUUAAAUGCAGUCGUGAAACUGAUCAAGCUCUCGAGGUUACUGUUCAGUUGAAAGAGCAAUGAACACAUAUGGACGGGAUACACUACGGGAAUUGCUGAAGAACAAAGUGAUGAAACCAUAUUCACCAAGUUUAGAAGGGGCCAAUACGGAAGCAACUGCGAAAGAAGGGGCUCCUGCCUGGCCGCCUCCACUGCCCCCUAGACAAGGAUCAAAUUUGACAUUCGGCAGCAGCUCUGGCUAAUUCCAGGAUUCAAUUUCCACCUGCAAGCUUUUUGAGGAAACAAUGUGGGAUGAACUGCUAUAAAAAAGGUAUGAAUUAAACUCGUUCGCCUGGGCUUACACCUGAUAAAAGAAUGGUUCUUCAGCCUGAACAUUCGUCGAGGCUCGGUUAAUUUCCCACAUAUCAAACGCUGCCUUGCUUCAGUGGAGAAGUGAAAUGAGCAAUUCAGAUGGUUGUAUAAACUUCGCUUGAACUUAAGAUUGGGAGUCUGCUGUGUCUGACAUUUUAUCAUGCAGGUUUAUCCAUAAGGUCGUCAAUGAUGGUAUAAUGUAAAGGAUUGGUUGCCGCAAGGAAGAAAAUGUCAGAUUCAAUUUGCCUGCUGAAAAGGAGUUUUUUUUGUAUAGUAGGUUUACACAAGAAUAUCAAAUGGGGAAUUUAUCAACUAUCAAGUAUAGAGACACAGGAGAGAGAUUGCAAAUUAGGUGUUCGGCUUCUAACACCGGCCCUGCCUGCUUUGUCUUCUGCACUUUCAGUUUUGUAGUCUUAAGUUCCCGUGACGAUCGAUUUAGGGUUGUUACAUUGAACAAUAGAAAUAGUCAGAGGACAUCACACCUCUCUUUUUUUCUUCUUUUUUUUUUCUAGGACCCUCUUCGUUGAACAAAAGUCACAAAUUCAUGAAAAAUUAUUUGUUGUUUCGUUGGGG